AUGAGGGACACCGAUAAAGUACGGUUCCUCAAUGCCCCUGUUUUCCCUGACGUGGUCGAGAGCUUUGCCCAGCAGUUCUCGGCUGCACAGAAGCAGACUGUGGCGAUUUCACCACAUCCUGCCCCAGCGGGCAACUGCUGCCUACACCCGUCCGCCGGCCGCAGCGCCCCAGCCUGCUCGUCACCGAGGGCGGCCCCCGCUCCCGUGCCGUAUCCGCAGCAGCCUCCAGCCAAGCACCGCCGUGGAGCUGGCCAUAGGCAGGCCGCCUCGCCCGUCCAGGCCCCCGUCAAACCUGGCGGUAAAUGGAAGAGCAAGCGGUCCUUAGACGAACGACCCAGAGAUGGAGGGAUCUGCUCUUCGGUGGAAGGCCGGGUGGAGAAUCUUUUGCACAGAGAGUCACGGACUGACCAACACCAGACCACACUCAUCCUCCUCCAUCACCAGCAGGCAGCAGCGGAUGGUUCGAGACCGUCAACAAAGGCCCUACUCACGCACCCUCUGCAAAACUGUGGACCAGAUCUGAGGAUUGUGUUGCUGGGUAAAACUGGAUCAGGAAAGAGCGCUUCAGGAAACACAGUCCUGGGCAGAGAUGAAUUUACAGUGAAAAACUCUCUGAUGUCAGCUUCAAUGACCUGUGAGAAAAAAGAAGCAAUUGUUGGUGGACAACCUCUAUCAGUUACUGACUCUCCUGGCUUGUUCGACACUUCAAUCAGUAAUACAGAACUUCAGACUCUAAUAGAGAAGUGUAUGAAUCUGUCUGCUCCUGGUCCUCAUGUGUUCCUGCUGGUUUUGAAAUUAGGUGUGAAAUUCACAGAGGAGGAGAAAAAUGCUGUAAAAUGGAUUCAGGAGAACUUUGGAGAACAUGCUGUAAAGUACACCAUCGUUCUGUUCACUCACGCUGAUGAACUGGAUGGUAAACCUGUAGAGGAAUAUAUCAGCAAAAGCACUGAGCUACAACAUCUAAUUCAGACAUGCUACGGCAGAUAUCACUCAUUCAACAAUGAGGAGAGAGAUAAUCGAGAUCAGGUCAUGGAACUGCUGAAAAUGAUAGAAAAAAUGGUAAAGUUUAAUGGAGGAAAUCCCUACACUAAUGACAUGUAUAAAGCAGCCCAAGAAAAGAUUAAGAGGAAGUAG